AUGUUACCUGUCAUCCUCCUCGCAAACACUCUCAUUGGCUUCCUCCCUAACACCACGACCAUGCCAACCGACCCCUUCAACAAAAUCAGCUUCGACCUAGAUCGUAUCGGCCGUGCACGCCAAACCUCCCUCAUAGAAGAAACAACACGGGUUACCUACGCAAAACAAGGCAUGCAAUUGAACAUUGCGAUAUGGAAUAUGCAUAUACCUGAAUCACACGACUUUAAGGAUAUACUGGAGACGGGUCUGCAGCCUAUGGGUAGAGGAGGUGGAUUUCGCCCGCCGUUGUUGGAGCAAACGGUACCGCAGCACUUUGAAGGUGUUGUGAGACAGUAUGGCGACCGUGACGCGGUAAUAUCACACCACCAACGUAUACGCUUGACGUACGAUACACUCGAUCGCGACUCGAAUAGGCUCGCAAGAGGACUGCAGAAGCUUGGUGUGAAGAAGGGAGACAGAGUUGCCGUUAGUUUGGGUAACAAUGCUGAAUUCGCUACUCUCACAUACGCGCUAUUCAAACUCGGGGCGAUACUGGUGCCCUUGAAUCCCUCGUUUAACGCGCCCCAAGUCCUCAAUGCCAUCAACCACCUAGAUGCCUCACAUCUCAUCAUCGGCGCCGAAACGAACCUCCCGCGCAAAGACCCGCGAUCCAAUAUCUCGCUCCUCACACACUUGAUACCUAAUCUUUCCGGCUCGAGCCUUGAAUCUGAACUGGUUCCAUCGCUGAAGAAUGUCGUGCUGGUAAACAACGCGCAAGGGAGGGUAGCACUAGACGAGUACAGGAGUUUAAAGAGGUACGAGCACGUAUUCGAAGAUGGUGGCCAGGACAAUGCGUUUCAAGACCAAGGGCUGCAUCCAGAUGAUAUCGUGAAUAUCCAGUUCACGUCUGGGACGACGAGCAUGCCCAAAGCUGCGUGCUUGAGUCACAGGAGUAUCUUGAACAAUGGCAAUAGCAUUGGCGACAGGAUGUUGCUGACGCCGGACGAUGUUGUGUGCUGUCCGCCUCCAUUGUUCCAUUGCUUUGGAUGUAUUCUCGGAUAUAUGGCUACAGCGACCCACGGCAGCGCCAUCGUCUUUCCAACCGAAGCCUUCAACGCCCUUGCCACACUCGAAGCCGUUCGCGAAUACAAAUGCACAGCCCUCUAUGGCGUACCCACUAUGUUCGUAGCCGAACUCGAACUGCUGGCUCACGGUGCCGUGCCCAAAGAUGGCUUCCAAUACCUCCGUACUGGCAUCGCAGCAGGCUCUGCGAUUCCCUCCGAACUUAUGCGCAAGCUACACAAGAAUCUGAACUUGACCGAGCUGACAAUCUGUUAUGGCAUGACUGAGACUUCUCCAGUAUCAGCCAUGACCACCACGGAUGAUCCUAUUGAAAAGCGCAUCGACAGCGUUGGCCGUCUCCUCCCGCACGUCCGUGCUAAAGUCGUCAAUCCAUCGGACUGGUCGAAAACCCUCAACGUAGGUCAACGUGGCGAACUCGCAGUAUCAGGAUACCUCCUGAUGAAAGGUUACUGGGGCGAUACGGCACGUACAGAAGAAGUUCUGCAACCCGAUGAGGAUGGCCGAUUAUGGAUGCAUACUGGCGAUGAAGCGUCCAUGGACGAAGAAGGCUACAUUAAAAUUACCGGCAGGAUAAAAGAUCUGAUCAUCAAGGGAGGCGAGAACAUCCACCCUCUAGAGGUCGAGAAUUGCCUGUUCGCUCAUCCUGCUAUUAGCGAAGUUAGUGUUGUAGGUCUACCAGAUGAAAGAUACGGCGAGGUCGUCGCAGCAUUCGUGGUCAGACAUGCGGGCGAUGAGGGAAACGUAACUGCGGAUGAGGUGAGAAGUUGGGUCAGGGAGAAGUUGAGCCAUCACCUAGUGCCCAAGUACGUCUUUUGGGUAGACAAUUAUCCCAAGACCGCCAGUGGAAAGAUACAAAAGUUCAAACUAAAAGAGCAGGGCAUCGCACUGUUGCAGGAAGGCAAAGGAAUGGACUGA